UUCAUAAUGGCAAACGAAACAAAAUUGGAAUCCGAAAAUGGAAAGAGCAUACCUGGUAAAGCUUAAUUGGUUGUCGUGUCUCCCUCCUCCUCCUCCUCCCCAUCUUCUUUCUUUAACAAUAUCUCCUCCCUCUCCCACUCCCACUCUCCUUCGCUCCUCUUUUUCCGCUCCACGUUCGCUCUCUACUAAACGAUCUUCUGCCAUUCAAGCAUUAAUGGACGCCUCUGUAUCUUCCUCACCGAAGGAUCUGCCAGUUGGGUUAGAUGCUAAAACUGAGGAAGAGUAUGCUUCCCUUUCCAGUUUACUUCAAGAGUUCACUAGCAUCCCUAACAUUGACAAGGCAUGGACUUUUAAGUCUAACACUGGAAUUGGUUCCCAGGCAAUGUUUUCGAUUAGCCAAGCAAAUCUUCUGGCUAAUAAGAGGAGGAAGUAUGCUCUAUCUGCUAAUAUCUCGAAAGGGAGUGGCAAUUCUGUUAACUUUCAUUGGUCUCCAUUUCCUGUUGAGAUGACCGGUGUGUCUACAGUUGUUCCAUCACCAUCAGGUUCGAAGCUUCUUGUUGUUCGGAAUCCGGAAAAUGAAUCUCCCACCCGUUUUGAGAUUUGGAAUCAAGGUCAUGUGGAAAAGGAAUUCAACAUCCCCCAAUCUGUACACGGUUCUGUGUAUUGUGAUGGAUGGUUUGAGGGGAUCUCAUGGAACUCAAACGAAACUCUUAUAGCUUAUGUUGCCGAGGAGGCCUCACCCUCCAAGCCUACAUUUAAUGAUUCGGGCUAUAAAAAAGGUGGUUCAGCAGAUAAGGACUGUGGUAGCUGGAAAGGUCAGGGGGAAUGGGAGGAGGACUGGGGAGAAACCUAUGCAGGGAAAAGGCAGCCUGCACUUUUUUUGAUUGACAUUAACAGCGGACAAGUACAGCCUGUCAAAGGAAUUUCAGAGUCCUUGAGCGUUGGCCAAGUUGUCUGGGCUCCAUCAACCCAAGGCUUGCAUCAGUAUUUGGUGUUUGUGGGUUGGUCAUCAAAUCCAAGAAAGCUUGGCAUAAAAUACUGCUACAACAGGCCAUGUGCAUUAUAUGCAGUUAGAGCACCAGUUUAUGCAUCAGAAGCCAAUGAUUUAGAGCUCAAAGAGAGUCCAAACGAAGACUCACCCGUUCUUAACCUAACUCAGAGCAUAAGUAGUGCCUUCUUUCCAUCAUUCAGCCCAGAUGGAAGGUUCCUUGUGUUUCUAUCUGGAAGAAGUUCUGUAGAUUCGGGUGCACAUUCUGCUACAGAUUCACUUCACAGAAUUGAUUGGCCAGUGAAUGGACAAUUGUCCUCUUUAAAAAUUAUUGAUGUGAUUCCUAUUGUGCAGAGCGCAGAGGAUGGUUGCUUCCCAGGGCUUUACUGUUCUAAUUUUAUUCCUAAUCCAUGGCUUUCAGAUGGAUGCACUAUGAUUGUAUCUUCAGCAUGGGGCAGCAGUCAAGUUAUACUUUCUGUGAAUGUGUUGAGUGGGGAUGUAUCACGUAUUAGUCCCACAGACUCCAAUUUUUCAUGGAAUCUUCUUACUCUAGAUGGAGACAGCAUUAUUGCCGUGUUUAGCAGUCCAGUAGAUGUACCUCAAAUCAGGUAUGGUUAUCUUGUUGAUAAGGAAAUUAAAAAUGCUGAAUGGGAUUGGUCAGAUGUAUCAAGCCCAAUAUUCGGAUGCUCUGCGAAGGUUAAUUCUUUGCUCUCUUCUCGUCAGUUCACUAUAUUGAAGAUUCCAGUCAAGGAUGUUUCUGAAUGCCUGACAAAAGGUGCUAGCAAACCUUUCGAAGCUAUUUUUGUGUCUCGCCAGUCUAAGAAGAAUGAUGUUUGUGAUCCACUAAUAGUUGUGCUUCAUGGAGGCCCACAUUCUGUCUCAUUGUCAGGCUUUGCAAAGUCCUAUGCAUUUCUGUCUUCACUAGGUUACAGCUUGUUGAUUGUAAAUUACAGAGGUUCACUAGGAUUUGGUGAGGAAGCUUUGCAGUCUCUUCCAGGGAAAGUUGGUUCACAGGAUGUCAAUGAUGUAAUUACAGCAAUAGAUCAUGUGAUUGACACGGGUGUUGCUAGACCCUCCAAAAUAGCUGUGAUUGGUGGUUCCCAUGGUGGCUUUCUCACAACUCACUUAAUUGGCCAGGCACCAGAUAAAUUUGUUGCUGCAGCUGCGAGAAAUCCCGUCUGUAACCUUGCAUCAAUGGUUGGCAUAACAGACAUCCCUGAUUGGUGCUAUGUGGAAACCUAUGGAGUUGAGGGGAAAACUAAAUUUACGGAAGCACCCUCAGCUGAGGACCUGGCUCUCUUUCACAGCAAAUCUCCCAUAUCACACAUCUCAAAGGUCAAAACACCGACCAUUUUUGUUCUAGGUGCUCAGGAUCUUCGUGUUCCAUUGUCUAAUGGGUUGCAAUAUGCACGGGCAUUGAAAGAGAGAGGCGUUGAGGUCAAAAUCCUCAUGUUUCCCAAUGAUGUCCAUGCGAUUGAAAGACCCCAAUCCGACUACGAAGGCUUCCUUAACAUUGCAGUAUGGUUCAACAAGUAUUGUAAAUAAGCAUGCAUGGCUUGCCAAAUGUUGCUCAUGCGGUACGAAGUCAAAAUACAAAAAAUAAUCAGCAAACUAUUUGCUCGCCUGGUUGCGGUUAAUUGGUAAAGGGUGGAUCAUUAUGCUCAACCCACCAUGUAAAACAGUCAUUCUAAAUAGUAACAAAAGAUUCACCGUCUUGUAUUAGAAA